UAUAACAAUUACCACUUUCUUGAAUGACUUUUGCGCAUAAAUCUCUAAAAUUCUUAAAGACUACCGGGGGUAGUUUGGGAAAAACAAAAGAAACAGUCCUCCCACCCACCACACAGACAGUGCACACAGAGAAACAAUCGCAUUAGUAAAAAUGGCGUUUACACUCUCAGCAGCGUCAACUCUAACCUCCAAAACCCUAAUUUGCCCUCCCAAGAUCUCAAUUUCCAGUCGCCAUAUCAAUUCCUUAAAAACCCCUCUUAAUAACUCAACCAUUAAUAACAUCUCAACGAGAUUUAUCUCAAUUUCUUCAUCAUCUGGCUUCUCCCGUUUUUCUUGCUCUGCUAGUGGAGAUAAUGCAUCUAAUGGCGGAGAAACAAAAGGAAUUCCAUCUUUAUCUUCUGAUUCUCUGACUUUUGAUGUCAAAGGAAUGAUGUGUGAUGGGUGCGCUGUAAGUGUAAAAAAAAUCUUAGAAAGUCAACCUCUGGUAUCUACUGCUACCGUCAAUCUUGCCAUGGAGACAGCAACCGUGUUGCCUGUGGAUGAAGCCAAGGCUGCACAGGAUUGGCAGCAACAAUUGGGAGAGACACUUGCGAAGCAUUUAACUAAUUGCGGGUUUGACUCAACUCUCAAAGGUCAAUGAGAAGAUGAAGGAAACAUUUCUACAUAGGAUUGCUUGGCUACAAAUAAAUGUCUAGGUUUUACAAUGGUUUUACUGUUCUCAGUUGAUACUUGAUGGUGAUUCCGUUGAGGAUAAAUCGCUUCGCCACUCCCGACUUUGAAGGGUUUCAGAGAGAGGAAAAAAGCAGCAUCUGUUGUCUGUUGAAUGUAGUUUUCUUAUAGAAUCCCACGCAAUUACUAUACUUCCGUUGUGUUAACUGUAAUAAUUGUACAAGUGCAUAUGACGAUCAAUAGAUUAAAGAGUCUUAGAUCACUGCUUUCUCAA